AUGGCUCAGAAAGGAAGAGACGACGCAGGUGGCCUUGCUCUGCGCAUCCAGCUCCCCUGGAAACCCGUCAAACUUCCAACGAAGGCAGAGCUGGAAGAGGAGGCCGCCCAGAAGGCUGCGAGGGCGGCUGAGCAGCGGCAACGGCUGAAGGAUAUGGUUGAUGCCAGGAAGGCCAAAAACAUGAGGGACAAGGAGAUUCACAUCAAGCUUUUAAAAGAUGCUGCCGCGCAGGUCGAGUGCGCAGAAUCAAGCGCAGCUGCAGACGACAUUUUGAAGCGAAUUGACAUGGAGGAUUAUGAGGAGCUGAAAAAGCGCAUCGAUGAGGCUGAGGCGACACUUCAGCGACUCAAGGGACUCGAACCGGCGGAGCAAAUUGGGCCUGACGGAAAGCAGGGGGCCAAACUGGACCUGCUGGACGUCACUGACAGUGAGCUGACGCCUGAACAGCUGGCUGAGAAGAGGCGGCAGAGGCUCGCGAAACAUGCUGCAGAUGCACGAGCCAAGUUAAAAGCCAAGAAGGAGCAGGAGAGGCUUGAGCAGGAGCAGCUCCUCCGGCAGGAGGACGAGGCACUCAGGUCCGACCCCGAGCGGUACCUUGAGGCCCUGAAGCAGCGCCACCGGACCGCGGCACAGCGCGUCGAGAACCGAAAGCGCCGCCGCCUGGGCGCAGCCACCGCAGGUGCCUCAGACGAGCCUACAGCGGCCGGCUGCCGGAGGGUGAGCAGCGAGCAGCGACACAGGAUGCGGCUGCUGGCGCGGGCCGCAGCGGAGGGGAAGAGGCUGCCCGAGGAGGACACCUUCGGGGAGAACGACAGGGACUGGGACGUGUACAAGGAGAUGGACAGGAACUACUCGGACUCGGAGGUGGAGAGGGAAGACGACACGGAGUACAACUGGACAGCUGCGAGGUUGCAGGGCCUGGGGCAGGCCUCAUGCAUCGUAGACAUCAGCGGCGAUCGGCCAGAAGAAGCGCAGCCGCAGGUGGCGGAGGACUACCAGCUGUGCCUGGGCGUGGAGCGCAUCCGCGUCCCAGAGCUCCUGUUUCAACCCUCCAUGUGCGGCAUCGACCAGGCAGGGGCCGGCGAGGUGCUUGCCAUCAUGCUACGGGAGAUGCCUGCGGAACUGGCGGAGAGAUGCGCAAGUGGGGGCCUGCUGAUCACUGGGGGCAACAGCGCCUAUCCAGGCCUGGACGUCAGGUUGGAGUCCGAGCUGCGGUCGUCCCGCCCCGAAGGGCGACCCAUCCGGGUGGUGAGGUCGCCGGACGCCAUGCUGGACGCCUGGCGGGGGGCUGCCCUGAUGGCCACGGUGCCCGGCAUGUUUGAGGGGGCGUACACCAAGGCGGAGUACGAGGAGAGGGGCCCGCAGGGCCUCAGGCGGCGCUGCCACGCCUCUUACAGCCUUCCCUUCCGCCAGCAGGGCCCGUGA